GAGCCUCUUUAACAUAGAUUGUUGUUGUUGGUGUUCUUGUCGUCCAGAAUAUCCGGUUUACCCAUUUCUCUGAAUCUUCCAAACUCCCUGAAUCAUUUAUUAUCUAUACUUUCCAUGAACUUUUUUUGAUCAUCCUGAUACCCUUUGGUGAAAAAUCGCUUCUGGGGUUUUAAAGGACCAAACUUUUGUGUUGGAUUCAAGGCCGUUAUGGAACAGAAGCACGUUCUGUUGUCAGCAUUGAGUGUUGGGGUUGGAUUGGGUGUGGGGCUUGGAUUGAGUUCAGGACAGGCUGUGCAGAAAUGGGUUGGAGGGAACUGUGACUCUGAUGAGAUUUCUGGGGAGCAGAUUGUGCAUGAGCUCAAGAAACUGCUCCUUGAUGGGAAGGAUAGUAAAGUUACAUUUGAUGAGUUUCCUUAUUUCUUAAGUGAAAGAACUCGAGUUUUGUUGACAAGUGCUGCAUAUGUUCAUUUAAAACAUCUUAACUAUUCGAAGCACACAAGGAACCUCUCACCAGCAAGCAGGGCUAUUUUGCUCUCUGGUCCUGCAGAGCUUUACCAGCAAAUGCUUGCUAGAGCUUUAGCACAUUACUUUGAAUCAAAGUUGCUGUUGCUAGAUAUUACUGACUUCUCUGUGAAGUUGCAGAGCAAAUAUGGAGGUUCUAGAAAAGAACCAUCUUUGAAAAGGUCCAUAUCUGAGGUGACUUUGGAGCGAAUGUCUGGUUUGUUUGGUUCCUUUUCAAUCCUGCCUUCAACAGGUGAAACUAGAGGAACUCUGCGUCAAAAUAGCAGUGCUCUUGAAAGUUCCAAUAAUCCUCCAAAGAUUCGAAGGAAUGCGUCUGUUGCUUCUGAUCUAAGUAGCACUUCUUCCCAUGUUGGUCCAACAAUUGCAGCUCCUUUAAAGCGAACAAGUAGCUUCCGUUUUGAUGAAAAGCUCUUCGUGCAGUCACUUUACAAGGUCUUGGUUUCUAUCUCAGAAACUGGUUCCAUCAUUUUAUACAUCAGGGAUGUUGAGAAGCUUGUUUUCCAAUCACCAAGGUUAUUUAAUUUAUUACAAAAAAUGAUAAAGAAACUGUCAGGCUCGGUGUUGAUACUCGGUUCCCAGAUAUUAGAUUCUGAAAAUGAUUACAAAGAAAUCAAUGAAAGGCUCACUAUGUUAUUCCCCUACAACAUUGAGAUCAAAACUCCUGAAGAUGAAACUCAUACUGGUAGCUGGAAAGGUCAACUGGAGGAGGACAUGAAAGUUAUUCAGUUUCAAGAUAACAGAAACCACAUUGCUGAAGUACUUGCAGCAAAUGACAUUGAGUGUGAUGACUUAACUUUAAUCUGCCAUGCUGACACUAUGAUACUGAGCAAUUAUAUUGAAGAAAUUGUGGUAUCUGCAAUAUCUUACCAUUUGAUGAAUACAAAGGAUCCAGAAUACCGAAAUGGCAAGCUAGUUAUAUCAGCAAAUAGUUUGUCCCGUGGAUUGAGUCUGUUCCAGGAAGGCAAGAGUAGUGAGAAUCUGAAGACUAAUGAAUCUAACAAGGAAAAUGCUGGAGAAGAUACUACUGGUGCAAAGAAUGAGGUACGGUCUGAUAACCAAGCACCUGAAAACAAAAAUGAGACAGAGAAAUCUAUCCCUGUAACAAAGAAAGAUGGCGAAAAUGCUGCACCUGUAAAAGCAGAAAUUCCUGACAAUGAGUUUGAGAAGCGCAUAAGACCAGAGGUUAUCCCUGCAAAUGAGAUAGGGGUGACAUUUGCAGAUAUUGGUGCAUUGGAUGAGAUUAAAGAAUCACUUCAAGAGCUGGUAAUGCUUCCCCUUAGAAGACCAGACCUCUUCAAAGGUGGUCUUCUAAAGCCAUGUAGAGGCAUAUUGCUAUUUGGCCCCCCCGGUACAGGAAAAACAAUGUUAGCAAAGGCAAUAGCAAAUGAAGCUGGAGCAAGUUUCAUUAAUGUCUCAAUGUCCACCAUCACUUCAAAAUGGUUUGGAGAAGAUGAAAAGAAUGUCCGCGCUCUAUUCACACUAGCUGCUAAGGUUGCACCAACUAUUAUCUUUGUUGAUGAGGUUGACAGCAUGCUUGGGCAAAGGACUAGAGUAGGAGAGCAUGAAGCCAUGAGGAAGAUUAAAAAUGAAUUCAUGACACACUGGGAUGGGCUAUUAUCAAGACCUGGUGAGCAAAUUCUUGUUCUUGCUGCAACCAACAGGCCAUUUGACCUUGAUGAAGCAAUUAUAAGAAGGUUUGAGCGCAGGAUCAUGGUUGGUCUUCCAUCUGUUGAGAACCGGGAAAUGAUUCUAAAAACUCUCCUCUCUAAGGAAAAACAUGAAAACUUAGACUUCAAAGAGCUGGCAACCAUGACAGAAGGAUUUAGUGGAAGUGAUCUUAAGAAUUUGUGCAUCACUGCGGCUUAUCGACCUGUUAGAGAGCUAAUACAGCAGGAGAGACUAAAGGAAUUGGAAAAGAAGAAAAACGAGGCAGAAGGCCAAACCUCAGAAGAUGCUUCGAAUAAUAAAGAAAAAGAAGAGCGAGAAAUUAUCCUGAGGCCUUUAAACAUGGAAGACAUGAAACAGGCUAAGACUCAGGUGGCUGCAAGUUUUGCCGCAGAAGGAGCAGUAAUGAGUGAGCUGAAACAGUGGAAUGAUUUAUAUGGAGAAGGUGGUUCAAGGAAGAAACAGCAACUCACUUACUUCCUAUAGAUUGUGGAAAGCUACUUUUAUUCUGGAUGUGUCACCAUUCAUUCAAAAGGAUAUAUAUUUUAACAAAGGAAAGAGUCCAUCACCAGAGAUGUUGGAUUCAAAGCAUGCCCAAGUGUCCAACAGAUUAAAAGCCAAGAGAUCUUAUCAGUCCCAGAAGAGCAUUAGUCCAGGCACUUAUAUCCUUUAAGGAUGUGUAGAUCAUCAUGCAUCAUGUUAAGGAGAGGGUUCUCGGUUUUUGUUAUUGUCUACAAAACAAGGGCCACAUGUAGUAGGGGAUUUAUAUUCUGUCAUGCAUGGUUUUGGAAGAUGCAAUGGCUUUUUAGGAAGUAUGAACAUUUUACACCAAACUUUUUAGGUAUGCUGUAUUAUAUAUGAUGGGAAUUUU